CUCUUCUUUAUCUCUUCUUGGUUUCUUGGUUGUGUUGCUGCUGGUAGAAGAAAGGAUGUAUUUUUGUUGCAUUGGUUUGAUUCGUGUAAUUCCUUCAAAGUUAGGCAUGGCUUCGUCCGACCUUGAUCCGAUGCCGAAGAAGAAGAUGCCCGCGACGGUGGAAGAAGGAGAUGAAUUUCCUAAGUGUUGGUGCGGCGAUCUUUGCAAGGCAAAAACUGCGGAUGAUCCCUUCUCGUACACUAAAGGUCGGCGGUUUUUCAUGUGUGCAAAUUAUGCUCAUGAUCCGGCCCCAAAACGUAACGUGUACGAGCAACCACCGUCUCCUCCGCCCCUCUGUUCGUAUUACGAGUGGAUCGACCAUGAGCAGCCGGCGUGGGCGAAAUAUGACAUCAAGUACGACCACAAAGUAGUAUGGGAAAACUUCCAUGCUGCGACACGCCGUGAAGAGGCGGCAGAGAAGAUGAAGCGCUGGCAAGAGGAGCAACGCCAGAAGAAAGAGGAAAAGGAACGUGAAGAGAAGGAGCUUUGCGAGGCGGAGAGAGAGAGAGAGGAAGAGAGAGAGGGCGUGACGUGCGCAGGAAGACGCUGCAGAUGGUAAGGGAAAGGGAAACUCCGUAGAAUCCCACAAUGUAUCGUAGUUCCAGUUGCACCGUAUCUUAAUUUCGGCACCGUAUCUUAAUUCCGGUAUUGUGUUGUAAUAUCCCAUAUUGUUUUUAAUCCCUGUCUCUAUUGUAAUAUCCCUUGAUGUUUUUUAAUCGAA